GCGCAGAACAAGUGUCAACUCAAUCCUGGCGCAGCGUCUUCAGCUUGGAACAUCCUAGGCACCCGAGUUACGUCCAUCUUAUAGCAGGUCGAGGACGAAAGGUGGGGAUGUAAGUGUAAUGUCCUGCGAAGACUACUCUCAGCCUACCGACCUUCGCACUCUCCUACAUUCAAGACCAGGUCAACAUGUCUUCUUCGAGCCCGAAAGCAUCAGACCUGCAAUUCAUGUCACUCCCCUACGACGUGCGAUAUCAAAUCUACAAGCACCUCUUUCCAUCUGUAGAUCAGAUCUACAUUUCAGUAACCAAUGACGGUCUACAGGUCAUCCGGCCUGAGCGAGACAUCUCCGUCGACCUCCUCCUGACAUGUCGUCCUCUCUACAAAGAAGUGGGCGCCUUUUUCUACGGCAGCUAUCUCUUUAACCUGGUCGGCGUGAAGCAAGACUGUCUCACCCAGUACCGGCAGUUCCUACGGACGAUGCGCCGGCAUGCACGACAAGAGGUCCAUAUUAACGCUUUCAGCAAUGGCGAGCACUCUUCCACUAUGUGCAUCUCUAUGCAAGUUGGGGAUGCGAAGAUGGCCGUGCUAAACCGAAGGCGAAGGGGUGAGGCUAAGACGAUCCGUGAGCUGGAACUGGAAGUUGCGCGGACGGCGAAACGACCUGCGGAUGCCGUGGACGUUGGACUGUACGGUCGUGGUGGUAUGACGCUGUUCGCUGUGCUUGCACUCGUCAUGGCCUUAUUCGUGGCUUUGAUGUGCCCGUACCUGGUGCUCAGCAUGAAUGAUUGUUCAGUCUCGUGGAUCGGUGGAGUAAAUGGCUGCUUGUCGAGGCCGCUCUCCCGGACGACGGCAUACGUCGGCUGAAGUCUUGCUGCCGCCGAUACCUGACUUGGUUGGAUGCUGUGACCGCGAGG